AUGACAUUAUCACCAGUCGUGACGACGACGCAGUCGAACGAGGGAACAUCGAUACGCGCUAUUGGAUCGCCCUUUAAAAACUUGGCGUCUGGCACAAACUCGUCGUCGAAUGGCACGCCCAAACCGACGCCGACGUCUGCGCCCCAGCUCCCGCCCACGCUGGACGUGGCCGAGCAAAUGAAUGAGGAAGAGAAGCGCAAAUACGUCAAAGGCAAGAAGCUCGGUGAAGGCACGUACGCCAUUGUGUUUCUCGGCCAUUUGAGAUCGAACCCCGCGAAGCAAGUCGCCAUCAAAAAGAUUAAAGUACAAAAAGAAUACACCGAGGGCAUGGCUCCCGACGCCGUGCGCGAACUCAAACACCUGCAGGAGCUGUCGCACCCCAACAUCAUCUCGCUCCUGUCCGUCUUCUCGUCCAAGGACCAGAAUCUCAACCUGGUGCUCGAGUUCUUGCCCCUCGGCGACCUGGAGAUGCUGAUCCGCGACACCGACAACGUGCGCUACGGCGCCGCCGACAUUAAGGCUUGGAUGGGCAUGCUGACCCGCGCCGUGUGGUUCUGCCACGAGUCCUUUGUGCUGCACCGCGACAUCAAGCCCAACAACCUGCUCAUUGCCGCCGACGGCGAGAUCAAGCUCGCCGAUUUCGGCCUCGCGCGCGGCUUCGCCGACCCGCACCAAAACAUGACGUCCAACGUCAUCACGCGCUGGUACCGCCCGCCCGAGCUGCUCUUUGGCGCCAAGCACUACUCGGGCGCCGUCGACGUCUGGUCCGUCGGCGCCGUCUUUGCCGAGCUCAUCCUGCGCGCGCCCUACAUGCCAGGCGCCAACGAGCUCGACCAGGUGCGCCUCAUCUGCGAGGCCAUUGGCACCCCGACCGACGACAACUGGCCCGGCGUCGCCAAGCUCCCCGAGUACACGGUGCCCGCCCAGCUCCCCGUCCACGGCAAGGACUGGUACAUGGGCCGCUUCGGCACCGUCGGCGCCGACGGCGUCGACCUGCUCAUCAAGACGCUGCUGCUCGACCCCAAGAAGCGCAUCACCGCCCGGGAUAUGCUCCGCCACCCCUGGUGGCACGCGGACCCCAAGCCUACGCGCACGCAGGAUCUGCCGCGCAAGGGCGGCGGCGGCGAGGAGCAGGUCGGUGCGGAUCUGAAGCGUCGGCCGGGCGUGGUUGACGAUGACCGGGGCAGCAAGGUUGCGCGGAAGCUGGAUUUUGGUCAAAAAUAA